UUCUGGCUGCAUCUCUGCAGAGGAAGAUGAUGUAAGAUCUCAGCAGCACAGCAGCCAGAGACUACGACCUAACUCUGAUGAUUGCAGCAGAGUCAUUAUGGCCAGUGCAGAAGCUGUGACUGAAGACAGGCUUCCCACCAAGCGCUGGAACAGCAAUGAGUUCUUACCACCUGACAUGUGUGAGCUGAGGGUUGUUCUGCUGGGGAACAGCUGGUCUGAGAGGAGCUCAGUGGGGAACUUCCUACUUGAAGACACCAAGUUCAACACUAUGAAAACAACAGAGUGCUGUGUGAGAGUCACAGGACAGCUGAGGGACAAAGAAAUAGUUCUCAUCAACACUCCAGAUCUGGUUCAUCCAAACAUCUCUGAGGACAAACUAAAGGAACAUGUGGAAAACUGUGUGAGCCUCUCUGCUCCUGGACCUCAUGUGUUCCUGCUGGUUCUACAGCCUGAAGAGUUCACUGAGGAGCAGAAACUGAGACUCUGUAGAGUCCUUCAACUCUUCAGUGAUCGAUCAUUUGAUCAUUCAGUCAUUCUGAUUUCAAAUCCCAAAGAGGAGGGUCCAGAUGUCAUGGAGAGGUUUGAAAACCAUCCACCCAUAACAGAUAUGAUCAGACUGCUUGGAGACAGAUACUCGUGGAAGAUGAAACUCGAUCAUUCAGAGCUGCUAAUGCACUUGUGUCAGAUUCUAAAAGCAAACAACGGAGAGCAUGUGAGGUGUGAUGGAUUUGAGACUGAAGAAUGUGCUUUAACCAAAACAUCUGAAUAGUUCAAACAUCAUUAAAUCUG